UCCUUGUCUUAGACAAAUUCUCAAAGCAGUUACGAAAACAGGGUAUUUGUAAGUAUACUCAAACUCAGAGAGAUUGGGACGUCGUUCAACUGUUUGUUGAAGAUCUUCAAAAUUCUGAUCUAAAAAACAAGGCAUGUCGAAUUCACCGGAGUUCUCUGAUUUCGCCGGCCGGAAGUCCGGGAAGUUGCCGGACAGGUCGAAUUUCUCGCAGACCUGUAAUCUCUUAAGCCAGUUCCUCAAGGAAAAGGGAAGAUUCGGGGAUCUCAGCCUCGGCAUGGCCGGGAAAUCUGAGACCAAAGGGAGGCCUGAAUCAUUCAAAUCAUCAACCAUGUCAUUUGACCUGUUAAACAAGGAUAAAUCUAGCGAGGCUUCGGGGCAAAACGGCGGUGGAUCCUCCAAUUUGAAGUCCAGUGAUUUCUACCCUCAGUUUGCUGGUUUUGGUUCCCUUGCUUCCAUUGACGAAGCCAUUAAUAUGGCUGAUUUCAGGAAAUCGGCAACAACAGAGUCGGAAACUUCUCAGAUGACAAUAUUUUACGCCGGCCAAGUGCUGGUAUUCAAUGAUUUCCCGGCCGAGAAGGCCAGAGAAGUCAUGCUAUUAGCCGCCAAGGGAACCCCCCAAAAUACUAGCGGCUUCCUCUCCACUUCUGGCCCUGAAAAAAUCAAUACAGGCAGCUCAACCGCCCCUAGCCCUAGCAUCCCCGCCUCGCCGGCCACCACCCCGAACCCUCAAGCCCUCAGCUCCGGUACUUUCAGCAUUCCUGCCUCGCCUGCAGCCACCCCAAACCCUCAAGCUCCUCUUGGCUCUGAACUGCCAAUUGCAAGGAGAAACUCACUUCACCGGUUCUUGGAGAAGAGAAAAGAUCGGGUCAAUUCUAAAGCACCAUACCAAGUAAACAAUCCAUCCAGACCUUCUCCAAAGCCUGAAGAGGACACCAACCCAAAGCUCAACUCAGACGAAGGUCAAUCAUCAAAGCAACUUGAUCUUAGAUUGUAGUCAGGAUUUGCCUUCAUGAUCAACUCAUCUUCUCGCUCAAAUCUUGUCCACUCCCACUUAAAAUCUAACCACUUUUAGGCUUUUGUAUACUCCCUUGUAUCGGAUUCGUAAUCAAUAUUUGCUAAACGCAAUUCUCAGUAUUCAAUCCGGGUUGGUUCUUUUUGUUCACUGUUUUUGAUACAUUGAUCUUCAAUGUCAGACAGGAUCAGACAUCCCUUCCGUGUGCGAAGGGAAAUGUCAUGCCUU